AUGGCCCUUAUUGUUGACAAGCACCGACCUCGGUCGCUCGAUGCCCUCACAUAUCAUGACGAGCUAUCAGAGCGACUUCGCUCUCUGGCCCAGAGCGGUGACUUUCCACACUUACUGGUAUAUGGCCCUUCAGGUGCUGGAAAGAAAACUCGAAUCGUCGCUACACUGAAAGAGCUUUACGGACCUGGUGUGGAGAAGAUCAAGAUCGACGCCCGAGUAUUCCAGACGACCAGCAACCGCAAGCUCGAGUUCAACAUUGUCGCCUCUAUCUACCACCUCGAGAUCACACCGUCCGAUGUUGGAAACUAUGACAGAGUUGUGGUUCAGGACCUUCUCAAGGAGGUAGCCCAGACACAACAGGUGGAUCAAUCAGCCAAGCAGAAGUUCAAGGUGGUGGUCAUCAACGAAGCAGAUCACCUUACAAGAGACGCACAAGCAGCUCUGCGACGAACCAUGGAGAAAUACUCGCCCAAUCUUCGACUGAUCCUCUUGGCGAAUUCGACUGCCAAUAUCAUUGCUCCGAUUCGCUCAAGAACUCUACUAGUCAGGGUAGCGGCCCCGAGCCAUGAGGAGAUAUGCGAUGUGCUGGCCGUUUCUGCCAAAAAGGAGGGCUGGCCUUUAGUUCCGGGUCUACACCAGCGAAUAGCAGAGGAAAGCGGGCGAAACCUACGACGAGCUUUGCUCAUGUAUGAAGCUGUCCAUGCACAAAACGAGAAAGUCACGGACAGCACACCUAUUCCGCCUGCUGAUUGGGAGGCCCUUAUCGGCCAGAUUGCGAAGGAGAUCUACGAAGAGCACACACCAGCCAGAAUCCUACAAGUGAGGUCGAAACUCUACGAUCUGUUGACGCACUGCAUCCCCCCUACUACCAUUCUCAAGACUUUGGCUUUCAAGCUAAUUACUCUCGUCGAUGAUGGGUUGAAAGGGGAGGUAAUUCAGUGGGCGGCCUUUUACGAGCAUCGUAUCAAGACAGGCACAAAGGUCAUCUUCCAUCUGGAGGCCUUUGUGGCAAAGUUCAUGAGAAUUGUCGAGAUGUAUUUGAUGAGCAUGGAUAUGUAA